AUGCGUCCGAUGAAAGGAGUUUACUUUGACAGGACUCAAAAGAGUUGGAUUGGGUCUUUUUAUGAAGAAAGAAGACAAAUAAAGAAAAGAUUCAAAGUGGCAACUUAUGGGUACCACACUGCGAAGGCCUUGGCGAUAAACGUGCGGCUGGGCUUCGAGCGCAAGAGCCGGCUGCGCGGCGAAGACGGCCGCGAGCCGCACGCUGCUGCUGCUGCUGCUGCUGCUGCUGCAGCGCAUGCAGAGCGGCUGCUGGCGGGGGCCACGGAAGCAGCACUUGCUGCUGGAGAAGCUGGGAUCGACUCCCACAAGGAGGCGCAGCUGCGGCUGCUGCUGCACAGCGCAGCAAGUGGCUCCACGGCGCAGCUGCCGCGCAGCGAGCUGCUGCAGCAGGUCCUGCGGCGGCAGCCCAAGGCCUACGAGGACAAGAAGCACAGGCUUCCUGCUGCUGCUGCUGCUGCUGCUGCUGCUGCUGCUGCUGCUGCGCCAGCUGCGCCCGCCGCCGCGGGGGCCCCCCUCGCGCUCCUCACGCCCAGGGGGCCCCCCUACGACCCGCAGAAGCAGCCGGGGGCCCUUUCCUGCGGCGCCGCUCUCCCGCAGCAGCCCCACGGCUGGCCUGCUGCUGCUGCUGCUGCUGCUGCUGCUGCUGCUGCUGCUGCCACCGUCAAGGCCGAAAACCCCGCCGCCCUCCUCGCCCACGACAAGCACCAGCAGCUGCUGCGACACAAACAGCGCAGCACCAGCAGCAGCGCCGUCGAGGACGCCAAGGCCUCCGACGCAGCUGCUGCUGCUGCCACUGCAGCAGCAGCAGCAGCUGCUGCUGCUGCCGCACCCUGUUCCGCCGUUGCUGCUGCGGAAUUCGCCGCUGCUGUUGCGGCCCUCAGGUGCACCCUCGCUGCCCAGGAGGACUCAGCUGCGUCGCGGGCAGCUCCUGCUGCUGCUUCUCUGCGCCGGCAGCUGCAGCAGCAGCAGCAGCAGCAGCAGCAGCAGCGGCAGGGCCGCUGCCCUGCGGCGGAGGCAGCGGCAGUCGACGCCGCAGCCGAACCCAAACCUGCAGCAGCAGCAGCAGCAGCAGCAGCAGCAGCAGCAGCAAAUGGAUCGGAGUCCGGAGAGAACUCCGAGGCAGCAGAAGAUGACCUGGAUGAAGCCUUUAGAGCAGCAAUUAAGGAAUCGCGGGACCCCACAUCUCUUUUUGCUCAAGCCCUGGAUGUGUCUUCGACUUCUUUGGCUUUCUUCCACUCGCUGCAGCACAAGCAGCAGCAGCAGCAGCAGCAGCAGCAGCAGGAGUCGCCGCUCUCGGGCGCCCCCGCAGCCAGCAGCAGCAGCAAACCCAAGCAGCAGCAGCAGCUGCGCAGGUGGGCGGGGGGCCCCCAGCUUUCCCCUUCCAGUGCUGCACUGCAGCAAACGCCUGCGGACUCUCCCUCUUCAACAGCAGCAACUCCUCCCCGCAACAAGUCUCCCGUUGCUGCUGCUGCUGCUGCUGCUGCUGCUGGAAGUGGGGUGCCUCUCGCUGCAGCUGCAGCAGCAGAAGGCGAAGACAAGAACGAGCAUGUCGCCGCAGCAAAAGAGUCCUUGGGAGGCAACGCCUGGCUGCAGCAGCAGGCUGCUGCAGCAGCUGCUGCUGCAACAAAGUCAGCAGCCCCGCCAACCCCAGCGGCAGCAGCAGCAGCAGCAGCAGCAGCAGCAGCAGCAAGAGGCCCUGGGACCUUGGCUGCACUGCGCAGCCUCGGCUUUGAAACGGGACAAGGAGACAAUCCCCAAGAAGCAGCAGCAAGAGAAGCAGCAGCAGGGGCCCCCCCCUGCAGCCGAAUGUCUCCGCAGCCCUCGCGGCUGCUUGAGAAGGACCAGACCACUGGUCACAGCAGCAGCAGCAGCAGCAGCAGCAGCAGCAGCAGCAGCGGUCCUCAAGUGGCCCACGUGGAGGCGGGCACAAGGGAGGGCAGCAGCAGCAGCAAACCACUUGAGGCAACAAUGCCGCACCUUCAGCAGCUCCCCCAGCAGCUGCAGCAGCUGCAGCAGCAGCAGCAGCAGCCCCUUGUUGACCUCGCAGCUGCAUCAGCAGCACUUCGCCAAGCCCACAGCCUAGGGGACACAACCCAGCUGCAGCAGCAGCUGCUGGAGCAGCUGCAGCAGCUGCAGAGGCAGCACGAACAGCUGCAGACACAGAACUACAGUGGGGAGAGCGGCGACGGGCUGGGUUCUGCUGCAGCAGCAGCAGCUGCUGCUGCUGCUGCUGCAGCAGGAGCAGCACAGGAGGGACUCCCUCGUCAAAGUGCUUUGGAAACCCACAAGUUUCCUCCUGGGGCGGCCUCUCUGGAUCCCCAGCAACGGCAGAAACUGCUGCUGCAGCAGCAGCAGCUGCUGCUGCAGCAGCUGCGCGCAGACAGGGACCCAAAGUUUGCUGCUGCCGAAGCAAUCAAAAGCCUCCUCUCUGGCUGCCCUGCAGCAACACAGCCACCUCUGCUGCAGCACCAAGGAGAUCCAGCAGCAGCGAAAGUGGCAGCAGCAGCAGCAGCAGCAGCAGCAUCAACAAUAACAGCAGCAGCAGAAGGCAGCGGCACGGAACCGGACGGCGAAGCGAGCUGGACUGCGCGCACCACACAGCAGCAGCAGCAGCAGCAGCAGCAGCAGCUGCAGCAGCAGCAGCAGCAGCACACCUCCAAGUCUUCGGAUGUAUCUUUUCAGCAUGGCGACGCGCCCGCAGUAAGCUGGGCUGUCGCGGAUUCUCGCGAAGCAGCAGCAGCAAUCCCUUAA